UACUUCAAGGACUUCUUAAAAGUCCUUUUACAGUCAUUUACUCAUUUAUUGCCACCCCAAUAUUAUCUUUGUUUACAUUUCCCAGUAGUGACCAAUACUUUAUUGCCUGCUCUUUCACGAUGAAGGCCAUGGAGGAUCAAGUAGUCCAAGAAGAACCAGGAUACCAGGAUGAUGAGGAAUCCUUUUUUCAGGAUAUUGACCUGCUACAGAAGCAUGGAAUUAAUGUAGCAGAUAUUAAAAAACUGAAGUCAGUUGGGAUCUGCACGAUCAAAGGAAUCCAGAUGACCACAAGACGGGCACUGUGCAAUGUAAAAGGGCUUUCAGAGGCCAAAGUGGACAAGAUUAAAGAGGCCGCAAACAAGCUUAUUGAACCAGGCUUCCUGACUGCCUUCGAGUACAGUGAAAAACGGAAGAUGGUAUUUCAUAUCACUACUGGCAGCCAGGAAUUCGAUAAACUUCUAGGCGGUGGGAUUGAAAGCAUGGCAAUCACUGAGGCCUUUGGAGAGUUCCGGACAGGCAAAACCCAGCUCUCUCACACCCUUUGUGUGACAGCUCAGCUUCCAGGACCCAACGGCUACACAGGUGGAAAGAUUAUCUUCAUCGACACUGAAAACACUUUCCGACCAGACCGUCUUCGUGACAUUGCUGAUCGCUUCAAUGUUGACCACGAUGCAGUACUGGACAACGUGCUGUAUGCACGUGCAUAUACCAGUGAACAUCAGAUGGAAUUGCUGGACUAUGUAGCAGCCAAGUUCCAUGAGGAAGCUGGUAUCUUCAAGCUAUUGAUCAUUGACUCCAUAAUGGCACUUUUCCGUGUGGAUUUCAGUGGUCGUGGAGAGUUGGCUGAACGACAACAAAAACUGGCUCAGAUGCUGUCAAGGCUCCAAAAAAUAUCAGAAGAAUAUAACGUGGCUGUGUUUGUGACCAACCAGAUGACUGCUGAUCCAGGAGCAACUAUGACCUUUCAGGCAGACCCAAAAAAGCCCAUUGGGGGCCACAUCCUUGCUCACGCUUCGACUACCAGGAUCAGUUUGAGGAAAGGGAGAGGGGAGCUGCGUAUUGCAAAGAUAUAUGACAGCCCUGAGAUGCCUGAAAACGAAGCCACGUUUGCGAUAACUGCUGGAGGGAUCGGGGAUGCCAAAGAAUAGGCAGAAAAACCGAUGUAAAUGUACAGCAGAAAACCACCUGGGCAGUUGGGAUGAGGAUUUGUGCAAGGUCACCGACUGCCUGGCUGCGUUUUUAUCUUUUGGGAACUGUUUGAGCUAUUUUGGGAGAACAUUGGGAUGAACUCUGUACAGUUAAGUUUUGUUCAUCUUAAUAGAAUUUGGAUCAUUUAGGGUCUUCAUUUUUCAAUUGAGCUUUUAGCAAAGAUUUAAGAAAUAAGCUUGAAUUGUUCAAAGAAUCCUUUUCCUAUAUUUUGUGAAAAUCAAAGCUGUCCUUUCACAUGAGACUAAUAUACUCUUUUUUAGUUCUUUCAAAGAGAGUGCCUAUCUGGUAGAAUUUAAUAGUGCAAAAUGGAACAGAGUUGAAAUAAACUCAGCUAUAAAAUUGACGUAACUAGAUGGAAAAGGCAGUGCCAGGAGGAACAGCCCAAGAACUUGAUGGACUCUCGUGUACCAUACACGAACAAGUUACUUUAAAAAUAGGGGUUUAGGCAUUUUUAUCUUGACUAGGGAAGUUUUUUAUUUUUAUUUAGCAUUUUCUACUUUUUGGAGAGAAUGUUUUAAAACUGUUAAGUUAAAAAUAAAGAUUAUGAAUUAGAGCAGCCCUCUGCUUAUGUUUGGGUGCUUUGAAUCAAACCCUGCUCUCAAUAAUCUCACUGAUCUUUCACGAGAGAAAUAAACUGGAUGCGACCCAACAUUUUAAAACCUUUUGUCUUGUUCUCUAAAGAAACAAACUGUAUAUAAUUGCCCUGUCGGUCUCCUAACGUAAUAAUAUUAAGGAUUAUUAUUAAGUAGUAUUAGAUUGUUAUUUAAAAGCUGAAGAAAACAAAACCAGUGGCUAGAUAGGGCAGAGAGGCUGACACCAGUAUGUACACCGAGGGAAAGGCACUUACGACUCGGCUUGGGAGAGCGUGCCCGCAGGCCGCCAGGACAGGCAUAGCUCCAAAUGCGCCGGAGAUGUACGUCACGGGGGGCAAAUGAAGGAGCCAGAAAUAAAGAGGGAAAUGGGGGAUCAGGGGACAAAAUACCAGUUCUGUUUGCAUUACCUCCAAUGCUCAUGGAAUUGCUUGUUUUAAAAUAAAUUCAACAAUUUAUACAUUAGAUGCUUUAAGGGAAGGCCUUACUUUGUCCUCCCGUAUAAAAAUGCCAACUAGAAUGGGUCUAACUUUGGUGUGUAGUUAGACAGCUCAUCCUCACUGAUACAAGAAUUUUUUUCAUUUAGAUUAACUAAUGCACGUAAGAUAACAUGAAGUAAAAAGGCAGCAAUGACCAGAAAUUCAUUCAAGAAAGCCUGACACCGUAGCCAGGGUUUACCUUGUGACAGAGCUAGGCAGUCUGCCUUCCUUGAGUGGUUUCUUAAUGCAUCUUUGAUAUUUUCCCUGAGGUAAAGCACUGUUUUUCACAGUGGAGGGAAGUCUAGAGAGACAAAGGCAGGGAGGUUGGCUGAUCUAAGAGAGCACCAGGAAUGGAUCAGCCAUUGUUAUUUCAUAUAACACCUAGGUCUUUGCACGUACCCGUCUUUCCCACUCCAGGCAUUCAUAUCUAAUGGCCAUCUACCCAGUGUCGGUGAGAGCCUACGGUGCCGCUUGACUUCCCCCCGGCCCACUUAGAAAGGCCCAAGUUUCUUCCAAUACUUUAAGCACCAAGGCUGCUUUUUGCUUUCUUGCAUACAUGCACAGAGCAAGUAAAACUAAAAUGGUAAAAAAUUUCCCUCUCGUUCCAGGCUGUUAUUUGUUUCAAGGGACUGAAGCAGAGGGGACUCACUUUCUCCUCUGCCAGCAUAACCGGUUUUUGAUGAUCUGACAGCCCCGAUAGCGCGACUGCGGCUUGGGCCAAGGCCGGGUUUGGCUGGCGCAGAGAGCUACUUGUCGGCAGGCGCUCUAAGCGUACGCACAGCACAGAAUAACUUACGGCCUGUGCCAUGUCAUUACCUCACGGCUUACUUUAUCUUUUAAACUAGGGGUCUCGGGUUGAUCGGUGGAGUCGAACACUAGCGGGUGUCUGUGCCGCUCCCGGUGUCCUUCGAGUACUUCAGAACAUUCGAUUGCCAUGCAGUAACACCACAGCAGGCCAAGGGGUGAAUCAUAGAAUGUUUUGGGUUGGAAGGGACCCCUAGAGGUC